AUGGACUACCCAAUCGUCGACUCCCACAUCCACCUCUACCCAGAGACCGAGAUCGAGACCCUCGCCUGGGCGACCCCCGAGAACCCGCUCGCCAAGCAGCACUCCGUCUCCGACUACGUCGCCGCGACCGGCAGCCCGCCCAACCUCAAGGGCUUCAUCUUCCUCGAGACGGACCGCAAGCACGACCUCGAGUCCGGCGCCAAGGAUGCCUCCGGCUGGGAGUUCCCCCUCAUGGAGGUCUCCUGGCUCCGUCGCAUCGCCGAGGGAAAGCCCCGCGAAGGCGAGGGCCACGGCGAGGAGCACAAGGACCUGUGCCUCGGCAUCGUCCCCUGGGCCCCCCUGCCUUCCGGCGCCGAGGCCAUGCAGAAGUACCUCGACCACGUCAAGGAGGUCGCCGGCGAGCACGUCUGGCCCAAGAUCCGCGGCUUCCGCUACCUGCUGCAGGACAAGCCGCACGGCACCGGCCUGACGGACGACUUUAUCGACAGCCUGAAGCUGCUCGGCAGGCUGGGCUACGUCUUCGACCUCGGCGUCGACCAGCACCGCCGCGGGAAGCAGCAGCUCGACGAGGCGCUGGAGAUCAUUGCCCGUGCCCAUGAAGGUGUUCCCGAGGAGGAGAAGGUCACAUUCAUCAUCAACCACCUCUGCAAACCCGACCUCGGCGUCAUCAACACGACAGACCCUUCCUUCAUCUACUGGCGCACAUCCAUCUUCGCCCUCUCCGCGUGCUCAAAGACCUACAUCAAGCUCUCAGGCGGCUUCUCCGAGAUGCCCGACUCCCUCAAGAAGCAGGACCCCAAUGCCCUCUUCGAGGCCCUCUUCCCCUGGCUCGGCGUCGUCCUCGCCACCUUUGGCCCCCGCCGCACCAUGUUCGGCAGCGACUGGCCCGUCUGCACCGUCGGUGUGGACGAGGCCUGGCGCAAGUGGAAGCUGCUCGUCGAGCGCAUGUGCUACAUGGCCACCAUGGACCCCGAAGACCAGGCCGAGUUGUUUGGAGGAACCGCUCUGAGGGCCUACGGCUUGACUGGGUUUUCGCUCGUGUUCUAA